UCCCUCUCUCCUCUGUUUCUUCCUCUUGUUCCUUUAAUAGAUUCGGAUCACACUCUGUCCCAUUUUCUGGCAAAUGGGGCUUCAAACUCCACACUUUUCUUCCCAAACACCUCACAACUUCUGCUUCUGUUGCAGUUUACUGUGCCAUAAUAAUGAGCAUCUCAAGCCCAGAGACAGAGAGGCCUGAGAACUGAGAAUCGUAUUACCUCCACGUUAAUAUCAUAAUUCUUGCAGCAUUGGCGGCCUCAGAGUUGGCGCAUUCGGUAUCGGACGAUGGAAACUUAUUUACACGAAAACUUUGAAGUCAAGUCCAAGAACUCAUCUGAAGAGGUUCUUCAGAAUUGGAGAAAGCUUUGUGGGUUUGUCAAGAACCCCAAGAGGCGCUUUCGCUUCACAGCCAAUCUCUCUAAGCGAGGCGAAGCCGCUGCUAUGCGUCGCACCAAUCAGGAGAAAUUGAGGGUCGCUGUUUUGGUUUCCAAAGCUGCAUUUCAGUUUAUCCAAGCAGGUGUGCAAGCAAGUGAUUACACGGUACCUGAAGAAGUUAAAGAAGCAGGUUUCCAGAUCUGUGCUGAUGAAUUGGAGUCUAUUGUUGAAAGACACGACCUAAAGAAGCUAAAAUAUCAUGGUGGGGUUGAUGGUAUUUCAGAAAAGCUUUCUACCUCAACCGCUGAUGGUAUUGGCAAUGACCCUGACCAACUUGUCAAGAGACAAGAAAUUUACGGAAUCAACAAAUUCACCGAGAGCGAAGCCCGUAGUUUCUGGGUUUUUGUUUUUGAAGCUCUUCAAGACAUGACGCUAAUGAUCCUAGGCGUGUGCGCUCUCGUGUCUCUCGCAAUUGGAAUAGCGACAGAAGGAUGGCCCAGAGGAGCUCACGACGGCCUAGGAAUCGUCGUGAGUAUCCUUCUGGUCGUGUUUGUGACAGCGACAAGUGAUUAUCGCCAAUCACUACAGUUCAGGGAUUUGGACAAGGAGAAAAAAAAGAUUUCCAUGCAGGUCACAAGAAAUGGGUACAGGAAAAAAAUGUCAAUAUAUGAUUUAGUUCCCGGCGACAUUGUGCAUCUCGCUAUAGGAGAUCAAGUCCCUACAGAUGGACUCUUCGUUUCAGGAUUCUCCGUGCUGAUCGACGAGUCGAGUUUAACCGGAGAGAGCGAACCAGUGAUGGUGAAUUCUCAGAACCCAUUUCUUCUUUCUGGAACUAAGGUUCAAGAUGGGUCCUGUAAGAUGCUGGUCACAACCGUAGGGAUGAGAACUCAAUGGGGUAAAUUAAUGGCUACACUGAGUGAAGGUGGAGAUGAUGAAACACCAUUGCAGGUGAAACUGAAUGGAGUGGCCACUAUCAUAGGGAAGAUAGGCUUAUUCUUCGCUGCUAUUACUUUUGUUGUUUUGAUGAAGGGACUUAUGGCACGCAAACGACAAGAAGGAAGAUUUUGGGGUAUAUCUGGGGAUGACGCCAUGAAGAUGUUGGAAUUCUUCGCUGUUGCAGUUACAAUCGUUGUCGUUGCUGUCCCUGAAGGGUUGCCAUUAGCUGUCACACUGAGCCUUGCGUUUGCUAUGAAGAAAAUGAUGAAUGACAAAGCCCUCGUUCGACAUUUGGCUGCUUGCGAGACCAUGGGAUCAGCGACAAGUAUAUGCAGUGACAAGACAGGCACGCUGACGACCAACCGCAUGACUGUCGUCAAAACCUGCAUUUGCAUGAACAUCAAGGAAGUGACCAAUGAGGACAAGGUUCUCUCUGAGUUGCCAGAUUUUGCCAUGAAAUUGCUGCUAGAGACCAUAUUUAAUAAUACUGGAGGAGAAGUUGUGGCUAAAAGGAAAAGCAAAAGAAAACGUGAGAUUCUGGGGACGCCUACAGAAGCCGCAAUAUUGGAGUAUGGGUUGUCACUAGGCGGGGAUUUUCAAAAAGAGCGAAAAGCAUGCAAGCUUGUGAAAGUUGAGCCAUUCAAUUCAGAAAAGAAAAGGAUGGGUGUAGUUGUGGAGCUGCCUGAAGCAAAAUUUCGAGCUCAUUGUAAAGGUGCUUCUGAGAUCGUCCUGGCUGCUUGUGACAAAGUGAUCGAUUCAAACGGAGAAGUUGUACCACUUGAUCCAGAGAAGAGUAAUUAUCUUAAAGAAACAAUUCACCUGUUUGCUUGUGAGGCACUCAGAACUCUAUGCCUUGCCUAUAUGGAAUUGGAAACUGGGUUCUCUGCUGAAGAUCCUAUCCCUACUUCUGGAUAUACUUGUAUUGCACUUGUUGGUAUCAAAGAUCCUGUUCGUCCUGGUGUUAGGGAAUCUGUAGCAAUCUGUCGCUCAGCAGGUAUAACAGUAAGAAUGGUCACAGGUGACAAUAUUAACACUGCAAAGGCUAUAGCCAGAGAAUGUGGGAUUUUAACAGACGAUGGCAUAGCCAUUGAAGGCCCAGCUUUUAGAGAGAAGACUCAGGAGGAAAUGUUUGAGCUGAUUCCUAAGAUUCAGGUUAUGGCCAGAUCCUCACCAUUAGAUAAGCACACUUUGGUGAAACAAUUGCGUACUACGUUUGGAGAAGUUGUAGCUGUAACUGGUGAUGGAACAAAUGACGCCCCUGCCCUUCAUGAAGCAGACAUUGGACUUGCAAUGGGCAUUGCUGGAACUGAGGUUGCUAAAGAAAGUGCAGAUGUCAUAAUUCUCGAUGAUAAUUUCUCUACCAUAGUGACAGUGGCAAAAUGGGGACGUUCAGUUUACAUAAAUAUUCAGAAAUUUGUACAGUUUCAGCUGACAGUUAAUGUGGUUGCUUUACUUGUGAACUUCAGUUCAGCUUGCACAACAGGAAGUGCACCUCUUACAGCAGUUCAAUUAUUGUGGGUGAACAUGAUAAUGGACACGCUUGGAGCACUUGCACUAGCAACUGAGCCUCCAAACGAUGAACUAAUGAAGCGUUCGCCAGUGGGAAGGAAGGGAAGUUUCAUCAGCAAUGUCAUGUGGAGGAAUAUCUUAGGUCAAUCUCUGUAUCAAGUGCUGGUGAUAUGGAUCCUUCAGGCCAGAGGGAAAUGGCUAUUUGGUAUGAAGGGUCCAGAUUCUGAUGUCUUGCUAAACACACUUAUUUUCAACUCAUUUGUCUUCUGUCAGGUUUUCAACGAGAUAAGCUCACGUGAGAUGGAGGAAAUAGAUGUAUUUAAAGGCAUAUUGGAUAAUCAUGUUUUCUUGGGUGUCAUAAGUGUCACUGUUUUGUUUCAAAUCAUAAUAGUUGAGUAUUUAGGAACCUACGCUAACACAACGCCCCUUGCUCCAAUAUACUGGUUGUUCAGCGUUUCUAUUGGAUACUUAGGAAUGCCCAUUGCUGCUCACUUAAAGAAGAUCCCUGUCUGAACCAUCUCCAUGAAUCGAAGUAUAGUUCAAGCCUCAUUGUUGUAACAUUACUUUAUUUGCCAUAUUUAUGUACAUUCUCUAAGCUUUUGUUGGCUUAGAUUCAGAAAUUUAGCAUGUUAGCAUGAAGUCACUGUCAAACCAGCACUGACCCAUUUUAUCUGGUGAAUUUUUCUGAGUGAUGAAAGUCACACUGAUGCUGAAACACAUGAUGAUGCUGGUGUAUGAUUGUGUUCAAAUUGGAAAGUAGUCUCUGUUUGACACCGAGGGCGACGCAGGACGUGUUUCCACCUAAUGCACAGCCAAAUGAAGCAGCGUAGUAUUAAUUCGGUCCCUCUCCCUUUAUCGUCCUUGGCAUUUAGUUUUGAGCCGGACAAAUAAUUUCUUGUCCAAUCAAAAGAAGCUAAACAGCAAAAAGACGAGAAAGUUUCCCUUGCGAAAUACAUAAGAACAAAACUCCUCUAGCCGUACGAUAGUGAAUAUGGUGUUGUGGUCCAACAAACAUCUCUGCAACCCCUCUGCGUGACAGUUAUGUAUAUGGAAGCAAAAUUUGAACUUCAACGCAACGAGCCAAACUCACUUCUAUUGUCAUUGUCCUUUUCAUUGGCCGUAUUGCUGAACUAAGGAGGUCCUUCUUGCACACUAUUUUCUUCUACAUGUAUGGUGCAGGCAUAUAUCAGUCGGUGAA